AUGGUUGCAAUGGAAUCAGACCCGCUGGAGUCCAGAAAAAAUCGCAGCGGCGACAAGCCGUUCGACUGCACCCUAACAAUCAACGGCACGCCCGACGAGAGCGCGUUUCCGAGCGACGGAAAGUACGACUCCGAAUUUUCGUGGAACGCGGACGCCGAAUCGUCAUGGGUCGCAUUGUCGCCGCGGAAGGGCCGGCAUUCCUCGUGCGUCCCGCAUCACUGCAGCUGUUUGCGAGUCGCAGCGGCUGUGGCGCUCGUCGUGCUCCUCACCGUUCCGCUCAACAUGGACCAUUUCCGGACAACAUCUCCAGAGUCUCUGGCACGCCAGCCAGUGGCUGUCUCUGGCGGCUUCCAGGCAACAAGUGAAGCAGCAAGCCUUGGAGCAAUCUACAAUUCAAGCGCCCAAUCCCACCAUCCGCACUGCAGUCUGCCUCACUGCCUGCGUCCGUACCGCCCUGUCUUGUUCCUCGUUGCUCCCCUGGACGAGCACAGCCACAAGCUGUGGGCGCUGCAGUGGGGGCUGGGCAAGGGGAGAGAUGGGGGAUCUGGGGAAUUUGGGGGACAGGGCGGAUCGGGAGAGCAAGGAGAGGGACUAGCGGGAGGGUUAGGGCGGAACCUAAAAGAGGGGGUCGAUGGGGAGAGUGCGUGGGAAGGGGAGGUGGAGCUGGGAGCGGUGGAGAUGGGUGGGAGUGUGUGGGUGGACGGUGAGGAGGUGGUGGGAGACAGCAAGCUCUACAACGACGCAACAGCUCGGAAUAUGCAGCCCCAACUGCAGUACCUGCACCUUCUGUCUUCGUGCCUUUCUCUUAUCGACAACUACCAGCAACACCACCCCUCCUCGCCGCCCUUCCACCAUCUCAUACACUCCCGCCUCGACUCCUACUGGUCCGCCCCGCCCUCCCUCUCCUCCGCCUUCUCCUCUCCAGUUCCUAAUACCACCGCAUCUUCCUUUGAUGCUCCUGGUGCUGCUAAUAGCGCUGGUGUUGCCAUUGCUGCAAGCGGUGGGGCAGCAGAAAGGAGGGAGGCUGCAGAGCUAGCAAAGGGAGCGAAAGAGGAAAAUUCCACAGCAGAUACAGAUACAGAGGAGCAGGAGCAGAAGCAGGAAAAGCAGCUGGAAGAGGAGGAGUGGGUGGUGCCGUUUGGGUCGGACUACAGUGGAAUCAACGACGCGUUUGGAAUGGGCUCUCUGGAAGCUGCCCGGAAGGUUCUCUCGCGGCUUUCCUCCAUUCAAGAGCUUGUGAAAGCAGGCCUCAGCAACCUCUCCCCAGAGGCAACCCUCCAGGCCUGUACAGAAUCCACUGGCGUCCACGUGGCGCGAGCUGAUUGGCCGCUGUGCACCGUGAGCCACCAGACGUACAAGCACGGGCGGCAGGGGGAGGUGCUGGUGGCCUCGUUACAGUCACGUGCGAACCUGAACGGAGCAAAAUGCUGGCCCUGCACGCCCAAAUACACCGGUCUAGAGGCCUUGUCCCACCUUGCCUUUGCGCCGGCUGCCAAUCGGAUCCUCUCCCCAUCAGCCAGCCUACUCAACGCUGGCAGCAACAGCAUACAGCUCUGCGAUACCUCUCACCCCUGGGAGCUUGCAUGGACUGAUAAUUACGAUGCCGCUGCUGGCACGCGAUUGGCUGGCAUGCGGAGGGCUAUUUCGUCCACCAAUCUGAAGCAAUGCGUGCAGCUGAUGGCGCAGCUUCAGCAGCACACAGCCAACUGGAGCGCCCCUCCUCCUGCCGCCAUCUGUGUGCGAUCGCUCCUGGGAAAGAUUUCUUUAGUGGGCUCCUAUGGCAUGUCCUUCCCCACAGCCCUCGCUGUUAUCACUCCUAACAGCAUGGUCCUUUCAACCUCCCCCAGGUCCCACCUCCCCCUGCCUGAGCGGCAGUGGGAGUCACGCCUCUCCUCGCUCGUUCCAGGCCUUGCAGUGCAGCCGCUCUCCUCCUCCCCCCUCGCCUCCUCUCCUGCUGCUGCUGUUCACCUCAUCAAGUCCAGUAACCAGCCUCAUGCGCAAGUCACGCACAUUCAAUAG